AUGUCUCUCUUUUUUCUGUAUUUUGGGAUUUUCAGUACAGAUUUCGUUCAGCCAGUAAGAGAAAGGGAAAGUGUUGUAUUUGGUGAGGGUCAUUUCGUUGGCACAAGGUUUUCUUCUGCAUUCAGUUUUAGCCACCAUGCCCAUGGGACAGAUACAGAGCUCCGAGCAGCACAUUGUGAUCAAAACCCAAAUACAGAAAGGGAAAGAGAAUAUAAGGUGGUGAUCAAGUUUGUUGCUCAAGCAGACUGGCACCACUUGGGCCAGUUUCUUGCUGGUAAGCGAGCGGAUGCUCCACAGGAAGCUCUUCAGAUUCUUGACAUUGUAAUGAGAGAACUCUCCUCUAAAAGGUAUUGUCCUGUUGGGAGAUCUUUCUUUUCUCCUGACAUAAGAACACCACAGUGGCUUGGAAAAGGUGUGGAGUCAUGGUGUGGAUUUUAUCGGAGUAUAAGGCCUACCCAGAUGGUCCUGACCCUGAAUAUUGAUAUGUCUUCAGCCGCAUUUAUUGAGCCUCUCCCUGUAAUUGAGUUUGUCGCUAAGCUUCUUGGCAAGGAUGUAUUGUCCAGGACAUUGUCUGAUUCAGAUCGUGUCAAGAUUAAAAAGCCCUUAGAGGAGUGAAAGUGGAUGUCACUCAUAGAGGAAAUGUGCGGAGGAAAUAUCGUGUUUCAGGAUUAACAUCACAACCUACAAGAGAACUUGUGUAAGAUGCUUUCUCUCAUGAUCAAAUUGUG